AUGUCAUCACCACUUCCUGUCCCCUCCAAAGCUGCCUUGACGGCCCUCCGAGGACUUGUCGUGGGAACCUCUUGCACCCUCGCGCUCAUUGCCGAAGACCGCCGACGACGAAUCAGAAACGCCCUGACCGCAAUUGAAAAUGGCGAGCGCAUCAGGCAAGCCAGGAACUACAACACGGGCGGCGCUGCUCUGGCUGUGGCCCUGGAAGAAGAGUCAUUGCUGGAUGCGGGCAUCUUGCCCUUAGCUCCCGAGCCAUACGGUGCGCUGCCCGCCGAGAUCAUUCGACAAUAUGACAAUGCGAGGGUCGCGGAAUUGGAACGAAUGCGAAGGGGCGAGGGUGUCAGCGAGUCAGAAACAACGCGGAAAGAGCACGAUUCGGGACCGCACCCUUGCGGGCAUAACAGCAGAGAAACACCAAGGUCGUUUACACCCAAGAAGCGAACCCUUACAGGGCAGCACCACUUUAUGCCACCGGUAGAAGGAACACCUAUCACACAAGUUCGGCAUUAUCACAAAUUCUCAAGGAAGGCCGACAGCCAAGGAGGACGAAGUUCGCUCGCCUUUCCCAGCAACGAUAAUAUUGUCGUCAUGAUUCAGGAAGCUUGCAGGACCAAAGAGCUGGGACAAAUGGAAAAGGCCGCAUCAUUAAUCGUGAAAGCGACCAAUCAAAAUCAAGCUCCGAACAACCUGGACGAAGCCUGGAUGGAGGCAUCUGCAUUACUCUGCCGGACCUACCUGGACAUGGAAAGAGCUGAGGAUGCCGCAAAGAUCCUGUCUACCGUGUUAGCCCGUGCACCGCUCACAGAGGCGCGAUACUUCGACUUCCAGCCAGUGCAGCUAAUAGAAUCACUUCUCGCCAAGGCAACGCAGGCCAAGACGGGGAAAAACAUUUGUCCGGCCAAACUCGAAACAGCCAUCAGUCUCUUCCUACCAAGGUUCACCGAAAAGCCGGUAGUCCAAAGUGCCGAAUUGCUUGCGGUCGGAAGGGCGUUGCUCGACCAUGCCUUUGCUGUGGGGAAAUCCACGAGGGCCAUUGACGUCUACUGGAGGUGUAUCUCGGUCUCGGAGAGUCAGUAUGACUUCACAUCAUGGGUUAUCACCAAGCUUCACGACACUGGCGAUUACAAGGCCGCCAUUCGACUGUUCCUCGCCAACUACUGCAAGAUGAGCCCAAGCGCGCCAUCCAUCAUUCGCAUUGCAGGACCGGUAGUGCAAUGUGUUGAGAAGGCCCAUAACUACAAACCAAACCAGGUCCUCAAGACCCUGUUGAGCAUUGCCUCCGCGAAGAACUGUCAUCUCAAAACGGAAUGGAUCAUGAGGCUCCUGACUGCUCACUGGAGACGACAUGGCAGCUUUGAAGAAUUGGAGGAAUUCUUCCAGCAACUCAUAGAGUUAGGCUUGAAGGAUGUGGUUUACCAUCUGGACGGCGUAUACCGUGUCAUGAUCGAGUUGACAUUGGAAGCGGGAGAAGACUUCAAGGCGGAGUCGAUGUUCGCUCAGGCUUCAAUAGAAUUACCACAGCUAGCUCACGACGUACGGCUGCUUGGUAUCUUUGCACGUUUCAAAGCCAAGCAGCAAGACUGGGAGGGAGUCAGGGAAUCAUUCGCGGCGAUGAAGCUGGAUUCCAAGCCAGCGCUUGACGCAUGCGGCACCGCAUUCGUCCCCGUGGUCAAAACUUACGCAAAAGAUCAUACGGUCCACGAGACUGAUGCCUUUAUGAGAUCCUAUAUCACUGACCUAAAGGUGCCUCUCAGCCGGUUCCUUGUUACCCUCAUGGCAAAGCAGUAUGCCUCCAUUCGGGAUCUUGAAUCCUUCGUUGAGUGGCUUGAAUACUGCAGUAUCGCAGGAUUCCAGGUUGACGCCGCCUUCACAAACGCUGUGCUUGUGAGCUGCCGAAGAAACUGGAAUGUCCCAUUCCGAGACCUUCGAACCUUGUUCCGCAAGCUCAGGGCAUUGAACCCCAACUUUGUCGAUAGACACACGGAACGCGUCAUGAUGGAUGCAGCGUUAUCAUCAGACAACAAGCUCGAAGGAGGAUUUGCCCGUGGACGAGUCCUGUCGUUACGCAUAGCUCCCAACUUGGGCCCUGUCAAGGGUAAAUCUGACACCGAACAUGAGGUCACUCUGGCAAUGAAGGAGGCACUGAGCUACAGGCAUCCAGCCAAAGCACUCAGCAUCUACAAGCGAGCUCUUCACCUCGGCAUGCCUUUCUCCGAGUGCGCUCUCAAGUUGGCAGUCAAUGCACAACUCAAGCUCGAAAACAAGCCCUACAAAAAGACCUACGAUCUUGUCCUGAAAGCCCAGGACCAAGGCAACAACGUCGACCCCAUCCUCAACUACCUCCUAGGCCUACAACUCGCCGACCUCGCCGCAAAAGGCGGCGAAAUCAGAAACAUCGUCCAAACAGCCAUCGACCGAAUCAAGGAAGUGGGCCUCAAAAUAGCCGACACCUUCCUGCACCGGGCCGCUUUGAUCUGCCUGACAUCGGGCCACUUUGAAGGCGCGCACCACUACGCUCUCAUGGCCGCCGAGUCCAACAACCACUCAGAGCCCUGCUACAACCUCGACAACUUCCGCAUCAUGCUCUACUCGUUUGCCGGCCUGCUCAACAUCGACGGCAUCCGUCAGGUUUUGGCAAGGGCCCUGUCUAGCAACUACAAGGAGCACACGGGCUGCCUCAAGGCGCUCAAGCGGGCGCGUGAGAUGGUCAUGGAGGCGCGCCUCAAUGAUGCGAAGACGCAGCAGAGACACGACGCGUACGAUAUCUUGAGCGAAGGGAUAGAAAAGAUCGUCCAGUCCCGCCAAAGGUUGCAGAGUCAGCGCGUGAAGCUGGGGGCGGAGUCGGUUAGGAUCAUGCGACAAGCGGCGCUGGAUGCUGGUGUUGCUCCCGUGGACUUUGCCGAGAUCCCGUGGCUGAACAGAAGCAAGCCUAGGAUCAGGCAAGAUGAUGAUGGGGCGGAGCUGGAUUUUGAGGAGGAGUUCCGGAGGCAGCAGCAGGAGCAGGAGGAGGGGGGUAUGACUGGUGCCUUUGAUGAUCUUUUGGUUUUGGAUAGUGCGUUUUCUACGGCGGGUGGUAAAAUGGCUGGGAAUGGCGCGGGAUUGCCACAACCUGUGCCGGCGGCGUGA